AGACAUGCAGCCCUCACACAGAGACAGGCGGGGGGAGAUAGGGGAGAUUGGGAUUGGGGGGAGAGUACCGACCCAUGAUUAUAUAGAAAGCUCCAAGCCUUUUCCCUUCAUCUCCUCAGCCGUACAUUUCCAGAGGAGCCCCUCUCCUCUCCUCUCCGUUCCUCGUCUCUCAGCGGCUGCGUUGGGGCCCAGAUUUACCCGUCACACAAAACAGAGGAUCUCAGGGAAAACGAAAAACAGAGCAUUCAAAUCCACACAGACCCCCCCGCCUCAUCUCCUCUUCACAUCUCUCUCCAUUCCAUCUUCUUUCUUCUGCCUCUCCCUAUGUGGGUAGCUCUCAAUUUGCUUCAUUUGCCUAAUUCCAAAUCCGGGCAAUCCCCAAGUUCAUUCAUUUCUUGAUUCUGGGUCUCCGGCGAUCUACUUCCUUACUGGACUCUCAGAUCUCUGCCUGUUUUGGUUCGGGUAGUAGGGGGCGAUUAGGGAUCUGGGUUCCCCAGUGGUCAUCGUCUCCGCGUCCUCCUCCCAGAUGGGCGCUCUGGAUGAGGGGCAUUUCUGCGAGGAGCUCGAGAACGGUGUGAAGCUCGAAGACCCCGAGACCUUCGCCAUCGAGGAUGCGGUCAGAGUCCUGCUGCAGGGCUUGGGUGAAGAUGUCAACCGGGAGGGAAUCAGGAAGACUCCUCUUCGCGUCGCCAAAGCCUUCCGCGAAGGAACCAGAGGUUAUCGACAGAAAGUGAAGGACAUAGUCCAAGGAGCACUAUUUCCUGAAGCAGGUCUUGAUAAGUCCAUCGGAAACGCGGGAGGAGCAGGAGGGCUUGUGCUGGUUCGUGACCUCGACCUGUUCUCCUACUGUGAAUCCUGCCUGCUGCCGUUCCAGGUCAAGUGCCAUGUUGGGUAUGUACCAUCUGGUCAGAGAGUGUUGGGCCUGAGCAAGCUCUCUCGAGUGUCUGAUGUGUUUGCCAAGAGGCUCCAAGAGCCCCAGCGAUUAGCUGACGAGAUCUGCUUGGCACUUCAAAGUGGGAUCAAGCCUUCUGGAGUUGCGGUCAUUCUCCAAUGCUCACACCUUCGUUUCCCAACUCUUGAAUCAGUAUUACUAAACUCAAACCAGGAAGUUUGGUCCGAUGUUACAGUCAGUUCGGGCUCGGGCGUCUUCAAGGAUGAGAAUUCCGAUGCCUGCAGCGAUUUCCUCAGCCUCCUAAAAUUCAGGGGUGUAAAUAUUAAGAAAACUCAGACAAGUGAGUGCUGGUGCCCUUCUCGUAUUUCUGAUUCUCCAAGCUCUAUAGCUUGUUCAGCUGUUGCGCCUGCAAACCAUCUAAUGGUCUCUGCUGUGACUUCAAUUAUCGAGUCUUUGGGUGAGGACCCAUUAAGAAAAGAGCUAGUGGGAACUCCAGCGCGGUUUGUGAAGUGGCUCAUGAACUUCAAAGACACUAAGCUUGAUAUGAAGCUGAAUGGGUUAGGAUUAUGCAAGAUAGAUACUCACAAACCGAACGGAGUAGUACAUGGCAAUGGAGGUCGGAUGCAUUCGGAGCUGAACCUUUCUUUCUGGUCUCAGUGCGAACACCAUUUGCUUCCCUUCCAUGGGGUCGUCCACAUAGGAUAUUUCUGCUCUGAAGGGUUUAGUCCUUUACCCAAGUCUCUCUUACAGGCGAUAGUGCAUUUCUUUGGCUUCAAGCUUCAGGUGCAGGAGAGGCUCACAAGGCAGAUUGCAGAGACCGUCUCUUCGCUCCUAGGUGGGGACGUUAUGGUUGUUGUGGAGGCUUAUCACACGUGUAUGAUCUCGAGAGGAAUCGAGAAGUUUGGGAGCAACACUGCUACAAUCGCUGUUUUGGGUCGAUUCUCGACCGAUUCGGCUGCUAGGGCAAAAUUUUUGGCUGGAAUAACAAAGGCCAUAGGGGGAUCAUAAGAAUCAAUUUAUACCUUACAAGUCAUAUAUUUGUUUGUGUUUUAUAUCGGGAUCACCCUUUGCUUCGCUCAAUUGUGUAUUUGGAAAUCAUGGUGAGUGAGAGGUACAAGACGAUCUCAGCUAUUCUUCCUUUCCGCUGACAGAAGAUAAUGCGGAUUGUGUAUUUGGAAAUCAUGGUGAGUGAGAGGUACAAGAAGCGGAAGCCGGAUGGUGAAGAAAGUCGAGUUUACGGAAAAUUUUCUGUUUUUUAUUUUUUUAUUUUUUUAUUUUUGUGGGGGCAGGAUUUUGGUGGUUGUUUGUAGUAUUCGAUCAGUUCAUCAUGGUUAUCUGUAGCGAUUCAUUUUUGGUCCAACUAGAAUGUAGCGAUAUCAAAAAUUCAUUUAUUUUCCCA